AUGUACAGUACAUUCGCUGACCUACCGUCGUAUCAUAUCUUUAUUUACAACAGAGCUAAAACCCGAGCAUACAGUGGUGUUCAACGCAAUGUACUGUACGGCACAGUCAGUACCUUCUACCUGACAGGAUCAAGGUGUUCAAUCUACUCUAGAGGAGACGCAUUCUUUCGCCCUUCGUCACAGAUACACCAACGACACAUUGGCCUAUUCUUUGUGCAAACUCGGUCAUUCUUGCCUGCAUCAGAAGUGCACACAGUCAUGGCUGUACAAGCAAAGAAGCCGGCAUCGCUAGCUCAAGCGCCAGCCGCGGAACGACACGUCUCCUUCAGCGAACCGGACACAUCCAUUGCCAUUCCGCCCCGUUCUCAUCCCGGUGACAAUCGCGACAGAGUCUUAUGCUGGAUUCUCUUCACGAUCUCCUCAUGUGUUCGAUUCUACCGUCUCGGUAUGCCAGCCUCAGUGGUUUUCGACGAAUACCACUUUGGAUCGUUUGUCGAUAACAUCCUCUCCGGAGCAACUCACUUUGAUAUUCAUCCUCCCCUAGGAAAGCUCACUUUGGCCGUCUUCGGAUAUCUGGUAGGCUAUCGUCCCGAUCCCAAAUUUGGAUACGAUUCAAUUGGCAAGGAAUUUGGCGGCGUCCUGUACUAUCCAUUGCGUGAGAUCGCCGCCAUUUUUGGAGUUGUCACAGUCCCGCUCAUGUAUUCCACAGCUCGAAAUUUAGACGUCUCGUGGGUCGGUUCCCUUCUCGUAGCAGGUCUGUUCUGCUUCGAUAAUCUCAACAUUAUCGAAAGCCGUCUCAUACUGAUGGAUUCUCAGAUUGUCUUCUAUCUCGUCCUGUCCUUAUUUUGUGCUCUCCAUCUCUGGCGCUCACCACCCAAAACAUGGAGACGCUUUUGGUGGCUCACGGCCACCGGACUCGUUUGCGGAUGUUCAAUCAGUGUCAAAUGGACCGCCCUUGCAACACCGGGGCUCAUUGCGAUCGUCUCUUUUUUCGGUCUUCAUUUCUUGGAAGAUCCGCUCACCUUGCUUGAGUGCAUCUGGGCAGGCAUCAUGGGUCUUGGUCUGUACACUGCGCUUUUCUGGGUCCAUUUCAAGACCUUGACCCACACAGGGCCAGGAGUUGGGUUCUUUCCUGCGGAAUUCCGGAAAACGCUAAUCGGCGAGCCUGACUAUGAUCCGACUGCCGUGAGAAAGCCCUUCUUCGAGCUCUUUGUAUACUUGAAUAAGUACAUGUUCACUGCAAACGCCGGAAUCACUACGCGCCAUAACUGGGAGAGCUACUGGUAUCAAUGGGUCGUCAACUGGAGAGGCCUUUUAUACUCGAAUACACCAAUUGGAGACAAAUGGGCCUCCGUGUAUUUGUUCGCGAACCCAAUUAUUUGUUGGGUUUGCGCAGCCUUUGUCGGUCUUUUCAUAGUUAUAUUCCUCUUCUCCAUUCGCUAUCGGGAUGCAAAGUGGUUAAAGGCUCUAAGGAAAGAGUCAUUUUUGUAUGCACGGAGGACAAGCACAUUCUUGUUUUGGGGCUGGCUUAUCAACUUGCUCCCGUACAUCCUAGUUGAUCGCUCAGCGUUUGUAUAUCAUUACUUGCCAGGGCUUAUCUAUGCGCAAUUGUUGUCAGGAGUCAUGGUCGACCAACUACCGAUGAAGCUUCGCGUUUUUUCUGUGCUUGUCCUCAUGUCUGUAUCCAUUGCAUGCUUUGUGUACUACGCACCCUGGAUUUAUUGCACCCCACUAACGAGUGAAGAACACUCCGCUCGCAGAUGGCUGCGGAGAUGGGACUGA